UGUUGUAGUAACUUAUGUCUGAUUAACCUAUUCCUUGAGUGCAGCCACACGAUGUCCUUUGUGUGUAAGCGGCGCGUUAAAAUUUCAUUCUCUUGAGGUCUUGUGUGUACGAUUGUCGUAUUUAGCCGACGUCAGCGUGGUAACGUUUGGUUACUGGCCUUAUCUUCUUCAAACUGCCUCUGGAAGAAAGAAUAAAAAUGGCUAAGCUUCGUCAACUUGAACAACGUCAUGUCUCAGCAGAAAUUUCAUUGAUGGAAUGGAAUCCAAUGUUGGAUCUUAUAGCUUUAGCUACAAUUAGUGGAGAAGUAAUUGUUCAUCGGCUAUCUUGGCAAAAGGUUUGGUCCAUUCCAUCUUCUAGUACAAAAGAAAAGACGGUACUAGUAACUGCAUUAUCAUGGAGACCAGAUGGGAAAAUUCUUGCAUAUGCAUAUGAUACAGGUACAAUCACCUUGUGUGAUGUUGAAAAUUCCGAAGCUGUCCAUGUACUUGAAGUCCAGUGUGUGGUUACAUCUUUGAAUUGGAUUGAAUGCGCUCCUAAGGAUGAUGAUCUCAAACCAUUUUAUACUGAUCGUUCUCACGAAUUUCUGCAGAAACAUCAUACCUGCAACAAGAAUUAUGGGACAGUUUCAAAGCAAAAUGAAGAAAUAGUUGAUGACUUUAAGAAAAUGAAAGGACAAAAACAUUUAAAUAUUCUAGUGAUUGGCAUGGAAACUGGUGUGGUUCAUCUUCACUCCUUUGGUAUGUUUCCCAUCGGCUUCAUCGAAAUGGGUAAUCAAUCAGAAGGCAAAAACUCCAACAGUCGAAUUAUCUCCGUCACUUUGUCAAAAGAUUUUAAGGUCUUAACAGUUGUUUUGGAAAGUAAAGAUGAAAGUGGCUUCUACAAAUAUUACUACCGUUCCUAUUCUGUUACUUUGUUGAAUGAUUUCAUAGAAGAAAUUAAAAUAGUGUCUCUGAAAUAUGGUCACAUUUCAUCACUCCUUGCUUACUUAUCUUCUACCAUUAGAGCCAUUUCUGAAGCAUGGGAAGAUAUUUUAUUAGAAGUAGACACCAAAAUUCAUAAUUAUGCCUAUCAAAAAAGUUGCUUAUCAGAAGGAUCCAUCAGUGAUGAUUUUCUAGAACUUUUGAUGUUCGGAAAUCCAUCCGACUCAUUGGAAAAGUUUCUACUGCAUGAUUUAACCGAGAGUGGUCUUAAAAAAUUUGGGCAUUCAAUUGAGCUUUCCUAUUCUAAUAUUCAAAAACUUGUUUUAAAACGAUUGCAAAAUGUAUCCUCGUCUUUGUUCUAUCAUUUGAACGACUUUAGAGGGAUGGCCCUGUGGAAAGAAAGAUUUGGAGCAUUAGGAUUGGAUGAAGCUGCCAUUAAAGAAGCCGUUUUAAGUGUUGGUUCCUUUCUGUUAAAAGCAACUGAAAUCCAGCAAGUGAUUGAUAGCAGUAUGAAAAACUUCAAAGCUUUCUUCCGUUGGCUGUAUUCAGUUAUACUCCGCCUCUCAGAUGAGCAAAUUCCCCAAGAAAUUAGUAAACUGACUCAGCAGGACUUGAAUUUUGUAGCUGAGUUUUUAAAAGAAAAUUUCAACUUUGAGUACGAUGAAAACAAGAAGACAACAGUAAAGCUUGAACGUGUUGCUCAGUAUUUAAAAAAAGAAGAUUUGCCAUUUCCAGCUACGAUGAACGGCAACCCGUGGGUUAAGUUUCUUCAGGAGCAUCCAAAUGUGAAAGAUACUGGAAUGAUUUUCCCCCAUUACCCCGAGAAAUCUCUUGUGACUUUGUACGACGAUUUGCGUUCAGUUAUUGACACAGCAGUGAAAGGUCCAUGGUCUGUCUUAAAAGACAAGUCGAGCUUAAAGACAUCUUACUUAGUUUGUCAGAGCAUGCAGCAGAGGCCGCCUCGAGUUUCUCAUAUAUCCUGCGAUGAAACUGGUUACAUAUACACCAUCAUCUCUAACCAAGCGAUGCCGAGCUCGCAUUUUUACUUAAUUCGUGAAAAAACGCAGGACAAUACGCUAGAGGCUGUCGGCUUAUCGUUUAGGGGUGUUCUUAUGAUGCCUUCUGCUAGCAAUGCGGCCAGCAAAGAUAAAAGUCAUCAAAUAUUGGACAUCAAGUUUUACAACAAAGAGACUAUCACGGUUUUGUUGCUGGAGGACCAUGACACUGACAGUUCUUUCCCAGUGUUACUCCAGUUAUCAAUUAAAUCAUUAUACUCAGAGUUACAACCUUUGAUUCAAUCACCUACAUUAGAAGGUGGUGCAUUUUCAACUGUACCGAUAAAAGAUGUUUCGUCCCUUAUUGAGAAGAAUAACUCUAAGCGAAUGGAGAAUGUUAAGGCAGGCCAAAUUGCAGUCAGCGGAUCACGUAAGGUGGUUUGUGUAUUGUUUUCAUCUCGUAGACAAGUUAGGCUGUUUGAAAUGGACGCUGAUGAGGAAGAAGAAGAUGAAGAGGCUGAAGAUAGUGCUAUGAGAGACAGUAGCAGAGAAUUCAGUUUUGUGGAUGAAAGAGACGUUAUUACUUUAAAACCUGAACCAAUUGAUAAUGAUUUGCAUUCCUAACUUUAUUUAAGUGCUUGACAUUAUUAUUUUAAUUUGCAGGUGAUUUUAUUGCAGUUAUUUUAAUUUCUGUUUCUUAGAUUUUUAAAAAUAUGUUCAUUUUUAAAAAACAGUUAAAAAGAUUCACUUUUGCAGUUAAAAAAUUAUUUUUAUUAACAGAAUUAGUAUAUAUAAUAAUUUGAGUUAAUUUUUUUUGCUUUGAAGUGUUUUUUUUUCUUUUUAAAUAAAUAAGAACUUUUAUAAAGAGCUCAGCAGAAGAAAAUAAUAGAGGCAUUUUGAUAAGUCUUAACGCUUUGGGUUUACCAAUAUGACACAGUUGCAUAAAACAUAAUUUUUUCACCUAUCUAAACAUAAAAUAAGACAGCUCCUGUUAUUACUAUAUUUUUUGAAGGUGACCUUCUUAAAUUUACUAUUGACUCUUAAGACUUUCCACUGAGCUUUUAGUUUAUAUAAUCUCAUUACAGGUAUUUCUGAGUUCAAAUAAAAAUAAAUAAAUAAAAUAAAAAUAAAUAAAAUAAAAAUAAAUAAAAUAAAAAUAAAUAAAAUAA